AUGGCCGACGAAGGUGCCCCUCCUAGCGAUGUCCCUGUCGAGCACCUCAACAUCAAAGUCACCGACAACAACAAUGAAGUCUUUUUUAAGAUCAAGCGGUCGACUCAGUUGAAGAAACUCAUGGACGCUUUCUGCGAACGUCAAGGAAAACAGCUCUCCACAGUGCGUUUCCUUUUCGACGGUACCCGUGUUCGUCCUGAAGAUACCCCCGAAUUGCUGGAAAUGGCUGACGGCGAUACUCUUGAGGUUCAUCAGGAACAAAUCGGUGGUUGA